GCUCCCGCUCUUAAGUUUUCUCCAGGGUUCUGGCUCAGCUUUACCCUCUGCUGCCUGUUCAUUCUGGGAUCUCUCUUUAAAUUCCUCAUCUACGUGGGGGGCAUGAGUGACACUGAUGCCUGCCACCGAGAUGGAUGACAUCCGACGAUCCUAUGCUAGGCUGUGCAAGGAGAGUGGCGCUGAGCCUCAGGAGAGCAUCCUGCAGCACUUGGAAGAGGCGACAGGGAGAAGCCGCUUGGAUUUUGCGACCCAGAGCCUUUCUGUGGAUACAUGCGGAGCCCUGGGCAAGCUCUUGCAAGAUGAGCUCCAGUUCACCGAGAUAAUGCUGAGCGACUGCAUGCUGAGUGAAGAAGGGGCUAAGCUACUACUACAUGGACUUUGUUCCAACACGGUUGUGAAAUCCUUGGACCUGAAGGGAAACAACCUGCGAGCUUUGGGGGCCGAGACUCUGGGGAAACUGCUCAGGCAGAACAAGUCUAUCAGAAGCCUCACUUUGGAAUGGAACAACCUGGGUAUAUGGGAAGAAAGCUUUGCUUUGUUCUGUGAGGGGCUCAGCGCCAACUGUCACCUCCAAUGUUUGGAUUUGCGCAAUAAUCAGAUCAACCACCAGGGGGCCGGAGAACUGGCUCUGGCCCUGAAAGGCAAUUCCAGUCUACAGGAACUAGAUCUGCGCUGGAAUAACAUUGGGCUCUUGGGGGGCCGUGCCCUUCUGAAUUGUCUGCAUAGCAACCGGACACUACGACAACUAGAACUGGCCGGGAACAAUGUGCCCAGCGACAUCCUGAAGGCUCUGGAUCAAGCCAUGGAACAUAACCAAGAGCGUCAGAACAUCCUCUGCAAAAGUCGGAACAGGACUCAAGUGCUCAGCAAAGAGGUGCUGUGCUUGAAGGAGGAGAAGGCAAAGCAGUUCCUGGAUCUCAUGGAUACCAUUGACAAACAGCGAGAGGAGAUAACCCGCAGCAGCAGGGUGUCAGCAACCCGAGUCGGGCAGCUGCAGGAGGCCUUGACUGAACGGCAUUCUGUGAUGAACUCGCUAAAAGCAAAGCUCCAGAUGACUGAGGCAGCCCUGGCUCUGUCGGAGCAGAAGGUGUGCAACCUGGGCGAGUUGCUGAGCACAGCCAAGCAGGAGCAGGCGAAACAGGCUGACAGCCAGGCCAAGGAGCUGCAGCAGCACAAGAAGAAUUCUGCUGACCGAGAGGCAAAGCUUCAGCGUGAACUUUCAGCGGCCAGCGAGAAAAAUUUCCUGCUCAGGAGUCAGGUGGAGGAGCUGGAAAGAAAGUGCAAAACGCAGCAGGAGCAGCUGUUCCAGGUGAAGGAGGACCUGACCCACACGACUGCAGAAAUGAAACUGCGGGCUGUGCAGGCCGAAGAGCGCUUGGAGAUGGAGAAGAGGAGGUUCAAGCAAGUCCUUGAGGAUGCAGAGUCCCUUCGACUGAAGGAGGUAAAUCACAUGACACAUCAUAUGGAGACAAGUGAGCAGGCCCUGCAGGAGCGCAUCCAGAGGCUGGAGGCCGUCCGCAUAGGACUUGAGGAGGAACUGAGCCGAGUGAAAUCUGCUGCCCUUGUAGAGCGAGGCCAAGUCGAGGAAGAGCUCAUCAAAGCCAAGAACCAAGCCAGGUUGGAAGAGCAACAGCGGCUGGAGCACCUGGAGAAGAAGCUGCAGCUGAUGAUGCAGUCCCGCGAUGAGGCUCAGAAUUACUGUCUGCAGCAGAAGCAAGCCGUGGCUGGGGCACAGGCAAAGGAGAGCCAGCUGAGCCUGCAGGUGGAAGGACUCAAGAGGCGGACAGAAGAGCUCCAACAGGAACUGAGUGGCAAGGAACAGGAGAAAGUUGCGGAGGUCAACAAAGUGCGAGUGGAACUGCAGGAGCAGAUUGGGCAUCUGGAGGCUGAGAGGACGGCACAGGAAGGGAUGCGAGAGAAGAUUGCAGCCCUGGAGCGACAGCUGAAAGUGUUGUCCAGUAACCACCGGGAGACGCUCCUGGACAAAGAGGGUGAGAUCUCAAGCUUGCUGGAGAAGCUGAGGGUUCGUGAGGUGGAGAUCUCCAGAAUGAGGGAAGAGGAAGCUCAGCGAGCCAGUUUUCUCCAGAACGCCAUCAUGGCCUAUGUGCAGGGUUCCCCCUUGGGCUCUUUCAGCCCCAAGAAGUGAGCGUGAGUCUUGAAGGACCUUAAGGAAUGGAGUUGCAGGAUGAUCAUUGUGGCCUGGCUCUGAGGCACAUGGGUAUCAUGGAUUCUGACUUCUGUCUGUCACUGGGAGAUCCUGCAACAGACUGUGUUGUCAGCUACCUGAGGCUGAGCCUGAGGUGUCAUUGAAGGAGACUCAUCAUUGCUUUAGAAGCCAUGUUAAUGGCCUGCGCCAAAACUUAGUCCUGUCUAAACCUGCAAACCAUGUUGCAGGCCUCCAAAGGUAAAGCCUUUCAUGCUGAUUUGCAGCCCACAAAAAGGUCAGUUCACAUGACUAUGGAAGAUAACGUCCUCCUACAUCACAGGCAUUUGCUUACAAUGUACAGAUUACCUCUCCAGGAUGGUUGCCACAGAGAGAGAGAAAAAUGCUUCAGUGUGGUUAGUUCUCAUAUUGCAUCACUAACAAGCGCCAAUUUCUCAAAUCACCUAGAUCAUGUAGGUACUUUCCAUGCCAGUUUUUCAGCUCCACAGGGGCUACUGCUGCUGACAUGGGAAAUACUCUUAAUCCCUACAUCUCAUGUAAUCAUAAAGAGAUGAGGUUGGAGCAGGAGUUACUUGAUACAUCCUGGCCCACUGCCACGUUUGGCAGAACAUAUAAUUGAUCCUCCCGUGCCUGGGAAUAGAACAAUUGCUGAAGCUUUCUAAAGGGAUCAUUAUAGUGAGCAAGCCUCAGUCGCUAGUGCAUGAUUUCCUUGGCCUUUGAAAGCGUACAGACUGAAUGUCCUAACAGAGGCAUAAGUCUGACUCAUCCAUGGAGCCUUAUCGGUCUUGGUAGUAAGGAGAGUCACCUUGUCUCACUGACAACAGAAUUUUAGUUGGUGGGAUAGACAGUUGUGGCUUAGAGAUUUGAUUGGUUUCCAGACCGUGCAGAUUUUGCUGGAUUUCUUCCCUGGAGGAGUGGCAAGCUUGAUCACUCAUUUCUAAUUCAAUCUUUAAAACCCAUAUGAAAAUGAAAUGUUUGUACUUCUGUUCAACUUUAAGGGCUGGUUUGAAUUUGGAGUUUUUGAAUAUAUACAUUAUAUUGUGCUCCCUCUGUGUCUUUUUAGAUAUAAAUAUGAAGUGUUUGUUUCUAUUUGAUAUGACAAUACAUUAAGGGUGCAAUCCUAUGCAUGUUUAGAUUGGAAAAAAGCACUAUAAUUUUCAGCAUUCCCCAGCCACCCAUGGUUGGGGGAUGCUAGGAAUUGUAGAACUUUUUUCCAUCUAAACAUGCAUGGGAUUGCCCCUUAAAUGUCUAACCAGCUUCCAUCCAUGUUAUGAAAAUGAAACAGCACACUGUUUUGUUUUAUCCCAAGUGUUUUAAUUUGGAGGAGGCAGAAUCCCCCUCCUUUAUUUAAACACAUUGGUUCCCCCAAACUUCACAGUAGGCUUGUUUUCCAAAAACUUCCAAAGGAAGACAGGUAUACUUUAAAAUACUGAAUUCCAAUUCAGCCUUUCCCAACCUCUAGUGCCCUCCAGAUGUGCAGGGCUAUAGAUGUAUGGUCCGAUGUAUCUGAAGAGCACCAGGUUGGGAACAACUGCUCUAAAGUAAAAAGUAGUUAAAUCAGGAUACAGAAGACCUAAAAUCUGGUUAUUUUAAUGUAGCUGUCCCAUUGUCUACUUGUAUUAGGUUUUUUUUACCAUAUCUUUUCUCCGUUCUGGGUAUUGACAAUGAAAUGUCUUUCUUUCCAAAGGCCCAAUAAAAAAAAAUCUUGUAUCACAA